AUGGGCCACAAAGACAAGGACGCCAAGCUUGUCUCCAAUCACGAAAGCCCGCGCGACAAGCCGCACCACGAGCACAAGAGCAAGCGGAAGCACAAGUCCGACAAGGAUUCGGGCAAAGCAAAGCGGCGCCGCAAGGACGAUGAACAUGUCCACAUCGUCGACGAUGACCCGAAUGACGACGACAUGUGGGUAGAGAAGAACAUUGAUAUGGAGGGAGAGGAGCCGCUGGCUACCACGAUCCCUACAGCGGAGAGCAUGAAGCUGACAUCGCGCGCUUUUGUUGAGCCCUCCGAUCCACCGUUACCUCCGUCGCUAAAGACGGAGAGCAGCCUGAAGAGAGACGAGUGGAUGCUCAUGCCGCCUUCUGCACCGACAAUACCGAAGGAGAGACCUAGCUCUCGAAUGAGCAUGCCGACAGGAGAUGAGUCACUUACAGAGGAUUAUGGGGAGCCGUCGCAGAAUGCACGCAAUACCAGUGGGGGCGUGGACUUCUUCUCUAGCCUUGGUACCGAUAUUCGGAAAAAGAAGCCUGAGCCUGAUCGUCCAGAUCCUGACAAGCCCAAGAUUAGCAAUAAGGAGCUGAAUACGACGCUCAAGGAAGGGGGGAGCUUGGGCGAUAUACCUGCAACUGCACCGAAGGCGUUUGUUCCAGGUGGUCCGGGUUCGCAAUGGCGGAUGAUGAAGUUGAAACGCGUCUAUGAGCGUGCAGAGGAGGAAGGGAAGUCCGUUGAGGAGGUCGCCCUGGACCGUUUCGAGUCGCUGGAAGCCUUCCUGGAAGCGAAGGAAGAGAGGAGGAUUCUUGACGAGCGUUCGGGCAGGCGUGCGAGCAGAAAUACUGAUAGCAAGGGGAAGAGCAGGGAGACGGAAGGCGAGAGGCGAUUCAUGUUCACAGACAUCAGUGGCAGCGGUGCGUCGAGCCGUAGUUCAUCGUUCCGCCGUCCGGACGUCGGAAACAGCAUCCCCUCUACCCCUACUCUUUCUGGUCAAGGACCUGGCGCAGCGAGCAGACGCUUUGAUUCGUUGCGCUUACCUUCGCAGGGUGGGACACCUCGAGCCCAGUCACACACACCUAUCCCAUCUGUCAUGACUUCAUCGGCCUCCAUACCUGGCAUGAAGCGCGCCUUGUCUCCGUCUUCUCUGAACAAGCUGCAAGCGAAGGUCCUUCGCGCAAAGUUGGUGGGUGCGUCAGAUGCCGAGGCACUGGAGAAACAAUAUGAGCAAGAAGUGCGUAAGGCACAUGGGGAGGGAGAGGAUGGGGUGAGAACAAGAGUGGAACUACUCCCGACACUGGAUGCCCGUGGUCGACUGUACGACGUAGGGCUAGGUAAGGAGGAUUCGCCACUACCGCCAGGCAAUCGCAAAAAGAAAGAGAUAGUAGAGACUCGUGACCCUAAGACAGGAGAUGUCAUCCGCAUCAAUGCAGAUGACGACUCCAUCACACUGGGCGAGAUGCUUCGUCAAGAAAGGUUUGGCGCAGGCAUGGCGGAUCAGAAGAACCUUGACACCGAGUUCGCUCGUGCUAUCAUGUCGGACGGGAAGUACGAAAAUGAUCUGGAUUAUAUCGACGACAAUGCGGAGCGACUUGGUAGGAAGAAAAUGCGGUCUGAUGCCAUGAAGCGACAGUUUGCUAUCAACGACUACAAGCGGACGCAGAAGGUGCUCGCCACCUGUCCGUUUUGCUUUGGCGAGGACGACUCGCUGCCAAAGGCUCCCGUUGUCGCCAUGGGCACUCGGGUGUACCUCUCCUGUACGCAAUACGAGGAACUGGUCCAAGGACACUGUCUCAUUGUCCCCAUUCAACAUCAUCUGACGAUGUUGGAGGGUGAUGAUGAUGUGUGGGACGAAGUCCGGAAUUUCAUGAAGUGUUUGAUGCGGAUGUUUGCGGAAGAUGACAAGGGCGUAGUAUUCUACGAGACUGUACUUUCUCUGAAAGGGCAGAAACACUCCUUCAUUGAGUGUGUCCCGCUACCAUGGGCGCAAUUUGAGCAACUUCCCGGCUAUUUCAAGGAAUCAAUCCUCAUGUCUGAGACUGAGUGGUCGCAGCACAAGAAGUUGAUCGAUUUCUCUGCUAGGCCUGGAGGCUUCCGCAGAGCCAUGGUAGCCAACCUCCCCUAUUUCAUGGUUCAGUUUGACCACAAAGGUGAGAAGGGUUACGGGCAUGUCAUCGAAGGCACAUCGGAGGCAGCAGGGACCGGUGAUGAUCCCGAAGCAGAUAUUGAUGAGGGUGAGAAGGGUGGGGGCGAAUUCCCUCGUUAUUUCGCUGGAGAGAUCAUUGGCAACAUUUUGGAACUGGAGCCUAGACAAUGGCGCCACCCUAGGCGCAUCGACUUCCGCCAAAACAAGGCGCGGGUACAGAAGUUCAAGCAGAAGUAUGAAAGAUUCGACUGGACUGGGAUGAUUGGAAGAUCGUAG